AUUCUGAAGUCAACAACCAAACCAAGGUUCAUUUCAGGUUCAUCAUGGCAAUGUUGAGAAGUCUAAUGCUUCUUUUCCUUAUCUUCUCCAUGGGGAAUGCAGAAGUUGAUUUAGUCAUGAAAUGCCCCGCUGGAUGGUCAAAUUUUGGACUCCGGUGCUUCAAAUACUUCUCUCAGUCGGUUAACUGGAUCACAGCACAGAGAAACUGCCAAAGUCUUGGUGCGAGUCUCGCAUCUGUGCAUAAUAAACUAGAAAAUGAUUUUCUGCUGGGUCUGUUGCCUUCUUCUUCCACACGUGCUUGGAUUGGUGCUCAUGAUGGAGAACAAGAUGGACAGUGGUUGUGGACUGACGGAACUGUGUAUGACUAUACCAACUGGUGCGCUACAGAACCAAACAAUAAUGGUGGUGAAGAGAACUGUCUGGAGAUCAACUGGACCUCUAACCGUUGCUGGAACGAUGAGUCCUGUCCAAACCAAAUGGGCUAUAUUUGUGUUACAUACGUAUGAGACCAUAUGCAGUCAUGUUGCUCCACAGUUACUUUGAUUGUACACUUUCUGAUCUUAUCUUUACCAAAAAAUGUUAACAUUAAACUUCAUUUAAAUCUUUUCUAAGCUUUAGUCUCUUCUUCUAUACCUCUUCUUCAAUUUAAUCAUCUUCAAUACUUUCUCUGUAACACUCCUCUAACAAAUAAAAGCAUUGAUAAAACAAAUCAUGUGGAUUGUGGACAAUCAAGUUCAUGUAUAAAAGAUAUGUAUAUUGUGUAGAAAGUUUUGAAGAUUUUUUUCAUCAACAACAACAAAAGAGAGAGAGAGAGAGAGUGCGUUACAAAUAUUAGAGUAAACAAGAAAAUACAUAAAUGUAACAGAGUUGCACAUGAGGGGGCUUAAUGUAGAUCUACAUAAAUUAUUUAAACAUUUACAAAUUUUUUUAAAAGUUUUAACUGCUUUUUGCUUUAUAGAAAAUCAGAUAGAGUCAAUAUAGAGCUUCAUUUCCUUCUUGAAUGAUGUAAAACAGGUUUGUUUUUUGUUUUUUUGUUUUUUUACAGGAAAACUUAUAUUUGUGAACAUGGAAUUUUGCCAAUGAAAGAAUAAAAUGUAUUAUAUAAACCUGACUGUGCUUGUCUUUAACUGCAGUUCUCCAAAAGAUCAAAUAAUAAAUGUUUACAGAACAACACAAAUUGGCCAUAAAUGUUCUUUGUGAUAAAACCACAAACAUUUUGCCAAAACGGGCAGCACCAAAAUGAACCACAGUGUAACGAAUCGGGACACGAGGUGAGAUCCAUAUGCAAAGCUUUAUUAAAGGUGAGCAUGGUCGUACAGGCAGGGUCAAACAGGAACAAACAGGAAACAGCAAGGGACAGGCAGAGACGUGGUCAGGAUACAGGCAGUAGAUCAGGGCAGGCAGAUAUCAUACACAAUCCAGAUAAUAACAAACAGUCCAAAGGCAGACGGCAAAGAAGCAGGAUCAGUAACAGACAGGAUAGUAAUGCUCGGAAUUGUAACACAGGGUAAACAAGACUUCGCCCUGAGGUGGUGUGUGAGUGAGUCUUAAAUAGUCCAGAUAAUAGGCUAAAGGUGUAUGUGGCAAAUGAUGAUUGGUGUGGAGUGUGCAUGUGACAGGCAGGGAGGAUUAUGGGAAGUGUAGUCCAGGAACUGACAGGAAUCGUGACACACAGUUUCGGGGCAACUGUCACAAAAAGUGCAAUUAAAUCCAAAUCACCUUUAAAGUUUACAAAGUAAUGUUUCACUGGGUAAAUUCUGUAUAAUUUUUAAUGAUACCUCCUUAACUUUGUUUGUAAUUAAAUAUUGAUUAGGUAUAAGCCAAAACUUUUUCCACACAAUAUUGUCUGAUUUUUUUUUUUUUUUUUUUUGAUUUUUUUAUAAAUAUCGAUUGAGAUUCAUCAAUUACGGAAUCCAAAAUAGUUUUCAAACUUCUAGCUAAAAUUAGGGCCGAUUCAGAUAUUUUAUUCAGAUAUUUUUGAUAUUUUUGGGUUUUUUUUACUAGUGGGUGCAGGACAUUAUAGUUCAAUUAUGUAAGUAAGGAUAGCAAAAUGAAGUAAACUGUGACAUAUUAUAUACCCAAAAAUUCUAAAUACAGUGGACUACCAGUAAAAUUGAUAAAAAUUUGGAACUAAAAAUUAUUUAGACACUUUGACCUGACCAUGUUUUGUUUGUUUUUUUACAGUUUAACUCUAAGAUCUUGUCAUAUUUUAUUACCAUUUUUUUAAACUAUACUGAAUAAACUAUAUUAAUGAAUGAAAUAUUCAAGGUGUCUGAAUAAAUUUUGGUUUGACUGUAAUUUGUCUUUUUUUUUUUUUGGUUUGGGAAGUAAUGUAAUUAAACCUUGUGUUUAUGAUGUCAUGAUGUUCUACGCAUAGUACAUCAUGGCGUAGUGGCGUACUACGUUGCGGAAGUUAACACUUUUUGGACGUACGUCAAAUGGGUAUGGCUGUCGCGCCAGAAGCUUGUUAUUUUACUUUAUAAAGUUGUAAAUCAAGCAUUCUGCGUUAGUUCAGGCAGGCCUCAUAGUCGAGCUCCGCUAUCAGCUGAUUCGCAAAUUCCAACCCCACCCAUAUCAGCUGAUCUGAUUUCUAUGGACUCAAUUGGCAACUCUCAAAUAAGGCGCAUUGCUUAAACGCAGCUUCCGUAUCUCUGCCUGCUUGGCUGCUUCCACUGCACACUGCUUGCAACCCACCUCCCCCCUUAAACUUGUAUUUAACUUAAUCAGUGUCAUUCUGUUGUCAUUGAUGCAUGCUCUGUUCUCAAUAGGGGGAUUUUGUGCUGCUCUCCCAGUUAAAAAAUGGGAGGCUGUCCCCAGAAGCUGCUGCUGUUCCCAAUCUUAGCUUUCAUGGAGCUCAUGAAAAGGAUGGGGAAUUUAGAACAGAGCCAUACCGCCAAAUGUAACUUCAGCAAAAUAUGCCAAUAAAAAAAAACUGACAAAAAAGUUUGUCUAAAGAUGUUACAAGAACAUUGUUAUGAGAACGUUUUUUCUCAACAUUAUGAGAACAUCAGUCAAGUAAAAAUAACAUCAUAAAGAUGUUCCAAGAACGUUGUUAUGAGAACGUUUUCACUCAACAUUGAGAACAUCAGUCAAGUACAAAUAACAUCAUAAAGACGUUCCAAGAACGUUGUAAUGAGAAAGUUUUCUCGGCAUUAUGAGAACAUUAGUCAAGUACAAAUAGCAUAAAGACAUUACAAUAAUGUUGUUAUGAGAACGUUUUUUUUUUUUUCAACAUUAUGAGAACAUCAGUCAAGUACAAAUAACAUCAUAAAGACAUUACAGGAACGUUGUUAUGAGAACGUUUUCUUUCAACAUUAUGAGAACAUCAGUCAAGUACAAAUAACAUCAUAAAGACAUUACGAGAAAGUUGUUAUAAGAACAUUUUCUCUCAACAUCAUGAGAACAUCAGUCAAGUACAAAUAACAUCAUAAAGAUGUUACAAGAACGUUGUAAUGAGAACGUUUUCUCUCAACACCAUGAGAACAUCAGUCAAGUAAAAAUAACAUCAUAAAGAUGUUCCAAGAACGUUGUUAUGAGAACGUUUUCUCAACAUUAUGAGAACAUCAGUCAAGUACAAAUAACAUCAUAAAGACGUUACAAGAACGUUGUUAUGAGAACGUUUUCACUCAACAUUGAGAACAUCAGUCAAAAACAAAUAACAUCAUAAAGACGUUACAAGAACGUUGUUAUGAGAACGUUUUCACUCAACAUUAUGAGAACAUCAGUCAAGUACAAAUAACAUCAUAGACAUUACGAGAACGUUGUUAUGAGAACAUUUUCUCUCAACACCAUGAGAACAUCUAUCAAGUACAAAUAACAUCAUAAAGACGUUCCAAGAAAGUUGUUAUGAGAACGUUUUCUCAACAUUAUGAGAACAUCAGUCAAGUACAAAUAACAUCAUAAAGACGUUACAAGAACGUUGUUAUGAGAACGUUUUCACUCAACAUUGAGAACAUCAGUCAAGUACAAAUAACAUCAUAAAGACAUUCCAAGAAUGUUGUUAUGAGAACGUUUUCAAAACAUUAUGAGAACAUCAGUCGAGUACAAAUAACAUCAUAAAGACGGUCCAAGAAUGUUGUUAUGAGAAUGUUUUCUCUCAACAUCAUGAGAACAUCAGUCAAGUAAAAAUAACAUCAUAAAGAUGUUCCAAGAACGUUGUUAUGAGAACGUUUUCAAAACAUCAUGAGAACAUCAGUCAAGUAAAAAUAACAUCAUAAAGAUGGUCCGAGAACGUUUUCUCAACAUUAUGAGAACAUCAGUCAAGUACAAAUAACAUCAUAAAGACGUUCCAACAAUGUUUUGUCUAAGAAUCUUUCCUCUCAACGUUACAAUGUAUUUUAACUAUGAAAAUAUUAUAAGACAGAAACAUUAUUUCAGGAACGUUUUUUUUCUAACAUUUACAUAACGUUAGUGAAAGUUAUGGAAACGUUCCCUGUUAGCUGGGUAGGAGCUACUUUUAGCCUUAAGAUGUUUUGUGAACAUGGCCCCGGGUUUUCAAACCAUGUGUCGCGAGACUUGUGUCGACAGGAUGUAGCCUAGGCACUGUAAGUUAGCCUACAUUAAAAAUAAAAUAAAAAUAACAAAAUUUGUUUUCAUAAAAUCAUAGUCUAAAAUGAAUAAAUACAUGAAAUAUAUCUGACUUAAUUGAUUAACAAAAUGAAAAAAAAAAAAAAAAAACUGAGACAUAUAGUAGCCUAUAUGCUGCUGAGUUUGAUUUAUUUUUGUGAAGCGCGGCGCUCCACAAACAAGUUCACGGAAAAGGAAACGCAUAUCCUGUUUUCUUUAUUUUGCAAAAGCACAAUGUUCUGUUUUUAGUAUGAGUGUACAAAAAUAAAAGUAAACUUCGCAGUAUCGAAAAAUGUCUUAUUAAAUUACGGCCUACGGCGUAUUUUAAGUGGUUUCUGCUGGUAUAAGGAAACAGUUGAAGUGAUUGCGCCAGUGUUUGAAAAAUGCUACCUAUCAGAUUAGGGGCCAUUCACAUAUCGUGUCUUUUGCAGGCGCAAGUUAGUUAUUUCAAAUAUAGGCGUUCCAUUAAAUUUCAUAUUUGAAACCACCAAUGAAAUCUGACAACAACUGUGUCAUACAUUUUGUUUCUAAAUGCUCGAAUCAUGACAAAAAAAUGGUAGGCUAUUAUUCAGGAUGGAUCAAGGUAAUGUGCAUGCACAGUCCUAAAUGCGCGUCUCUUGUGCCUCAUUUCGGAGUCGUGCAUCUGACUGUUUCUAUGGGAACCGGAGCUUCUAAUGGUCGCUGCAGUGACGCGAUGACUUUACCAAUCGGCGAUUGGCUCUUAUUUAGAAGGCGGGACUUAUUCCGCCAUAUUGCGCGUUGCACUUUCUCCCAUUCAGAACAAUAAACAAUAUGAGUGAUGCGUCUGUUAUUCUAUAGUCUUUGGACUAAUGAUAGACAGAUGCAGGUGAUUAGUUGACAUGGUAACAAACAAGGGUAACUAUGGAAACUAACAAGAUAACAGUGGACACAAGAGAAACAGAAACUAAAUACACUGAACAUAGGCACAACAAGACAAAAGAAUAUCAAAAUAAGAGUCCAUGAAAACAGAGACAAGGUGAUCGUGACAGUAUCUUUAAUACAAGUGUACUUUUUCAUUUAUUCAGAGAACAUGUUAUGAAACCCUGGGAAAAUCAAUUUUAAUAAUAAUAAUUUAUUUUUUUCAUUGUUAAUUAUAAUUUUCAGUCUUGUCAGUCUUGUCGUUGUUGUUGUGUGUGCUGAAUGUU